AUGGCCACCACCAUUGCACCUCCCACCUCCUCGCACUCCGCCGACAACAACCGUCGUCGCUCGCCGCCUCCCCCUUUUCAUUUCCCGCCGGCGGACUCCACAGUCCUCCCGGACCCUUCCGCCUUCUUCUCCCCUUCCCUCCUCUCUUCCCCUCUCCCCACCAACUCCUUCUUCCAGAACUUCACCCUCAACAAUGGCGACAACCCGGAGUACGUUCACCCUUACCUCGUCAAAUCCUCCGGCUCCGCCGUCUCCCUCUGCUACCCUUCCCUCGCCCACACCUCCGAUUCCGUUUCCCAGAUCUUCACCCCCGAUCUCACCCUCAAACCCGACCCGAAUUCCUCCUCCGCGGCGACCCAUCUCAUCACAUCCUACAGCGACCUCAGCGUCACUCUCGAUUUCCCCUCUUCCAAUCUCCGAUUCUUCCUCGUCCGGGGAAGCCCAUUCAUCACUUGCUCCGUCGUCACCGCCGGUAAAACCUCGAUUUCACUCUCCACAGUCCACUCCGUCGUCUCCUGCUGCUCCAGCGAUUCACUCGACAAGCACACCGUUAAAUUGGGCAACAACCAGACCUGGCUCGUUUACUCCUCGUCUCCCGUCAGUUUCAGCCGAAACCCUACUUCGGUCAGCUCCGGCGAGUUCUCUGGCGUAUUGAGGAUUGCGAUUCUGCCCGACCCGACGUCCGAACCCGUUCUCGAUCGGUUCAGCUCCUGCUACCCAGUUUCAGGUGAAGUUGCUUUCACGAAACCCUUCUCUUUAGAUUAUAAAUGGGGGAAGGAAGGGGCGGGGGAAUUACUCAUGCUCGCCCAUCCCCUGCAUCUCAAGCUUUUAUCCCCCAACGAUUGUGGUGUUACUGUGUUGGAAGAAUUGAAGUAUAGGAGUGUGGACGGCGACCUCAUUGGGGUUGUUGGUGAUUCAUGGGUGUUGAAAUCGGACCCUGUUCCCGUUACUUGGCAUUCGAUCAAGGGUGAUAUCAAAGACGAUUGUUUGGGUGAAAUUGUUGCUGCCCUUCGCAAGGAUGUUGAAGGGCUGGAUCCAUCAGCUACAACCACGACGUCUUGUUAUUUUUACGGGAAGUCGGUUGCAAGAGCAGCUAGACUGGCUGUGAUAGCUGAGGAAGUUGGUUGCACUGACGUGAUUCCAGCUGUAGGGAAGUUUUUGAAGGAGAUGAUUGAGCCAUGGUUGGAAGGAUCCUUCAACGGGAAUGGGUUUUUGUAUGAUAGGAAAUGGGGUGGCAUUGUUUCCAAGCAGGGAUUAACCGAUUCCAGUGGCGAUUUUGGGUUUGGUGUGUACAAUGAUCAUCAUUUCCAUCUGAGUUAUUAUCUUUACAGCAUUGCUGUUCUUGCCAAGAUCGACCCGGUCUGGGGGAGGAAGUAUCAGCCACAAGUGUACUCUAUGAUAGCUAGUUUUAUGAACUUCGGACCUGAUUACUCGACUUACACUCGUUUGAGGUGUUUCGAUUUGUACAAGCUGCAUUCUUGGGGUGGAGGGAUGACCGAGUAUGCCGAUGGACGUAACCAGGAGAGCACAAGUGAGGCUGUGAAUGCUUACUAUUCAGCUGCUCUGAUCGGAUUAGCAUAUGGAGACGCCGAACUCGUCGCCACUGCAUCUUGUCUUGCUGCAAUGGAGAUCAAGGCAGCGCAAAUGUGGUGGCAUGUGAGAGAAGAAGGCAAGUUAUACCCGCAAGAGUUCACAGCCGAGAACCGAGUGGUGGGUCUCGUGUGGGCUAACAAGAGGGAGACUAGGCUAUGGUUCGCACCACCGGAGCAGAGAGAGUGCAGGCUUGGCAUUCACCUGCUGCCGUUGCUGCCAAUCACGGAGGUUUUGUUCGCUGAUGUCGAGUACGCGAGACAGCUCGUGAAUUGGACGGUGCCAUCUCUGGAAAGGGGAGACGUCGGAGAUGGCUGGAAAGGAUUUGCGUACGCACUCGAAGCGUUGUAUGACAAAGGGAUAGCACUGGAGAAGGUAAGGAGGUUGAAUGAACAUGAUGAUGGCAACUCUCUUAGUAAUAUGCUGUGGUGGAUCCACAGCAGGUAA